AUGUCAGGAAUCUACAACCACCGUCCCAUGGUCCCAGGUCGCAGUGCUGGUGUGCCCGAAUGGCUUGAUCUCAUCAAGCUAGAGUUUGAGAGCCUUGGCCACGAAGCCAUGGUCGCCAAGGCACAACGGGACGAGUGUGAACACAAGAUCAACAACCAGAUCCGCGAGAUGGACGUCUUCAGAGGAUUGCUCUACGAUCUUGAGAGGAAACACGAAGCCAUGAAGACUCAAUACCAAAUGGUCGAAGAAGAGGUCGUGAGAUUAAGACGCGAGGUCGAGCAGCGCGGAGGUGUCGUCCAGAUGCCACACCAAAUGUCGCACGCCCAACCACCUCCACCCAAUAUUGGCCAGGGGCAAUCGAAUCUGUUUGGUGGAAUUAUCAGCGGAGGUCCCGGAGGUCCUGGUUUAGUCGCCCCUCCUCAAAUGGUUGAUCCCUCUCAGCAGCAACAGCAGCAGCAGCAACAGCAUCAACAACAGGCACAACAGCAAGCGCAACAAGCGCAGCAGCAACAACAACAACAUCACAUGCAGCAGGUCCAGCAGCAACAACAUCACCAACAGCAGCAGCAUAUUCAACAGCAGCAAAAUCAGCAGCAACAACAUCCCUAUGGUGGUGGCCCCAACAUGCCUCCUGGCCCAGGAGGACCUCACUCUCCAUACAUGAACGGAAACAAUGGAGUGCCCCAGCAAGGACAGCCUCAGCCAAAGCGAUUCAAGACUGAGAGUGAUGGACCUCGGUUCAAGACCGAGGGAGAGAUUCCACCACCUGGUGCCCCUGGCAACAUGUACGGCAACAUGUCGCCAAACCCCCAUGGUGGCCCUAAUGGCCAACCUCAAAUCUUGGGUCCCAAUUACUCACCUGUCCCACCCCCAUCGUCAAAACAACCCAUGAAGACUGGAAAGCAGCAAGGAGGACCAUACAUUCAGGCAAAGGACGACGCAGGACCUCCAUCAGGAGCCAACAAACGGAAACAAGGAGCAACAUCAGGAACACCUACCGCAGUUGCUCGUGCCGGUCGUGGUGGCAAUACACCCUCGGCCAACUGGAGUGAUGAUCCCGACAACGUUCCAGCUCAAUUGAAACGAGAGGGCGCUGAUUGGUUUGCAAUCUCCAACCCCAAAGUCGCCCAGCAGCUGCGAGUUGAUCUCGUCCACACGAUGGAGCACUCAAGGUCAGCUCACGAGAACCAGUCGGGCAUUGAUGUUCUUGCUGAUGACACCGCUGGAAAGGACGACUUGUACAUUCGGUCAGUCUGCUUCAGCCCUGAUGGAAAGUACCUUGCUACUGGCGCCGAGGAUAAGCAAAUUAGGAUCUGGGAGAUUGGACGUAAAAAGAUUCGCAUGACUUUGAAGGGUCACGAACAGGACAUCUACUCCCUGGACUUCUCUAGGGACGGAAGGAUUAUUGUUUCAGGAUCUGGCGAUCAGACGGCUCGUAUCUGGGAUAUGGAUACUGGCAAGUGUCUCUAUGUCCUCACAGUUGGCGAUGUUGAUCUCAAGGAUGCUGGUGUGACAUCUGUGGCUAUUUCACCGGAUGGCCGUCUUGUCGCUGCCGGAUCACUGGAUAGGAUGGUGCGCGUCUGGGACACUCAAACUGGCCAAUUGCUCGAAAAGUUGGAGGGACAUAAGGAUUCUGUGUACAGUGUGGCCUUUGCGCCUGAUGGUAAGACUCUUGUCUCUGGAAGUUUAGAUCGGACGCUCAAGGCGUGGGACUUGAACCUUGGUGGCAGACCUGGUCCUAAUGGACCAUCACGAGGCACCUUCUGCAAGGCAACAUUCAACGGACACAAGGACUUUGUACUCUCCGUUGCAGUGUCUCCUGAUGGCAAGUGGCUUGUCUCUGGAUCCAAGGACCGCGGUGUUCAAUUCUGGGAUCCCAACACUGGACAGGUUCAGUUUAUGCUUCAAGGCCAUAAAAACUCUGUUAUUUCGGUUGCCCUGAGUCCGGCUGGAACCUACUUUGCGACCGGUUCUGGUGAUACGCGUGCGCGUGUGUGGAGUUACGAAUCGCUGGAAAUGUAG